UCUCUCUCUCUCACUCUCUCACUCUCUCUCUCUCUCUAUAUAGAGUCUAGAGGAAAAGGGGAUCGAUGGGUCCUCUGCGCUAUUUAUCAUUAUCAUUAUUAAUAUUUUUCUGCAAAAUAAAAAUAAUUAUAAUUUGGGGAUUAAUUCUGGCAGUAGUGGUAGAGGAGGAGGGGAAGGCGACGGCGGCGGCGGCGGCGGCGGGGGCGGAGUGCGAGUUUCCGGCGGUGUUCAACUUCGGCGACUCGAACUCGGACACGGGCGGGCUGUCGGCGGCCUUCGGGCAGGCGCCGCCGCCCAACGGCGAGACCUUCUUCGGCGCGCCCGUCGGCCGCUACUGCGACGGCCGCCUCGUCGUCGACUUCAUCGCAAGCGGCCUGGGACUUCCUUUUCUAAGUGCGUAUCUCGACUCGAUUGGGAGUAAUUUCUCGCACGGAGCCAAUUUCGCGACGGCGGGCUCGUCGAUCAGACGGUCGAACACGACGCUGUUUCAGAGCGGCGGGUUCAGCCCCUUCUCCUUAGAUGUGCAAUCGUGGCAGUUUUCGCAAUUCGUUACUAGGUCUCAGGUGGUUUCUAAAAGAGGAGGAUUUUACAAGGACUUGUUUCCAAAUGAGGAGUAUUUCUCUCGCGCGCUCUACACUUUCGACAUCGGCCAAAACGACCUAACUAUGGGGUACUUCCAUAACAAGACAACCAAGGAUGUUAAAGCAUAUAUCCCCGAUGUCCUGGACAAGUUCGCCGACGUUAUAAAGAGUGUGUAUUAUCUCGGGGGGAGGUACUUUUGGAUCCACAACACCGGCCCGUUCGGUUGCCUCCCGUACGUCCUAGUUCGCGUCCCGCGCAUAGCCGCUCGAAAGGACAGGGUCGGGUGCGGCGCGACGUUCAACGAGGUCGCGCAGCUUUUCAACGCGAAGCUCAAAGAAACUGUGGCUAAGCUCAGGGAAGAGCUCCCCCUCGCGGCGCUUACUUACGUCGACGUCUACUCCGUCAAGUACGAGCUCAUAAGCCGAGCCAACAAGUACGGGUUCGAGCAUCCGCUUAUGGCGUGCUGCGGGCACGGCGGGAAGUACAACUACGACGACCACAUGGGCUGCGGGUCGAAGAUCACGGUGAACAACACCGAGGUUUUGGUCGGGAAGUCGUGCGAAGAUCCGUCGGAGAGGAUAUGCUGGGAUGGGAUUCACUACACUGAGGCUGCUAACAAGUUUGUGUUUGAUCACAUUGCUGGGGGUGCAUAUUCUGAUCCUCCAAUUCCUUUAAGAUUGGCCUGCCAAAAGAAAGAACAGUAGUGAGCACAAAUCGUGUUAUUUUUUGUUCUCUUUUUCUUUUUCUUUCUUGACUAAAAUACAGGAAGCUCUCCUGUAAAUACUCGCGUGAAAUUUCAGUUGAUGCACUUUUGUCUCCCCACUGUCAGGGUUUCGUCA